AUGUAUGGAAUGCUGCUGGAAAGUGUGCAAUAUUUUGUGCAGUUAGAAUUUGGUGAAGAAGUAUGGCUGCACAUUCUAGAAAAAGCUGAUUGCAAACAUAUAGUUUUUAAUACAAGACAAACAUAUCCGGAUGAACUAAUGACUGAUUUGGCCACUGCUCUUGCCGUACAUACUGGUGAUUCUAUGGAUAAUAUUAUGCAAUUUUUUGGUAAAUGCUUUGUUAGGUUUUUCAGUAAUUUAGGGUACGAUUAUACUGUAAAAGCGACUGGUCGUUACUUUUGUGAUUUUUUACAAAGUGUUGACAAUAUUCAUAUGCAAAUGAGAUUCACAUAUCCAAAAAUGAAGAGUCCUUCUAUGUAUACAACGCAUGUAGAUUCAGAGGGUGUUGUCUUAGUUUAUAGAAGUACUCGGCAAGGUUUUACGCAUUAUCUUAUGGGACAAUUAUUUCAAAUAGCAAAAGAUUUAUAUAACAUAGAUUUGGAUAUUAAAGUAUUAGAAAGUUCAAAUAAUAUUCCAGGAUCUCGAAGCGUAAUGGUUAAAUUUCGUAUUAAUUUCGAUAAUCGCCAAUAUAUAGCAAAGAACAAUAGCAUAAAAGCUCCACUAGACCGUGAAUUGGCGCCUGUUUCUUGUUCAUUUUUCUUACGUCUUUUCCCAUUUGGUGUUGUAAUGAACAAGGAUAUGCGAAUAUUAGGAACCGGUGACAAAUUGCUUCAAGCAUGGGGCGGCACCUCAUCCAUUUUAAACAGACAUGUUACAGAAAUAUUCAAAUUAAGGAGACCGAAAGGAAUUUCUUUUACAUGGGGAAACAUAAUGUAUUUACAUUCAGUGAUAUUCGAACUGGAACUUAUCAGAGCCAAUGAUCAGUCUUCAAUAAAUUCAGAUAAUAUGCCGAGCACAAGCAGUAGUUUAGAUAGACGCGGGAGUCAAGGCGCGAGAAGUAUUUUAUUAAAGGGCCAAAUGAGAUACAUCGAAGAUAUUAAAGCUAUUAUAUUUCUCUGUAGUCCUUUAAUUAACAAUUUAGACGAACUUCUUAAUAUGGGUCUUUAUUUAAAUGAUCUUAAUCCUCACGGUAUGAGCAAAGAAUUGGUGUUGGCAGGAUGGCAACAUUGUGGAAGAUUGGAAAUGAUGUUUGAGAGAGCAGAGCAAAGAUCGAUGGAACUAGAAAACAGCUAUGCAUUACUGGACCGAUGGAAAAACAAAAGCGACGAACUUUUAUAUUCUAUGAUUCCACAGACGGUAGCAGAUCGAUUGCGAGCCGGAGCCAGUCCAUUGAGUACUUGCGAGUCGUUUGAAUCAAUAACAGUUCUUUUCUGUGAAUUAUGCGACUUUGAUCAUUCAACCAUUGAAGGAGCGAUGGAUAUCGUAUUAUCUAUGAAUGCUGUUUUCUCUUGUUUCGAUACACUAAUGGAUGAGUUUAAUGUAUAUAAAGUAGAAACUGUUGGUUGCGUGUAUAUGGCAGCUAGCGGAGCACCAGAUAGAAAUGAAAACCAUGCGCAGAAUAUUGCUGAUGUUUCCUUGCAACUCAUCGAACACGUUCGAUCGCUCAAAUUAUCUUCCGGAUUGAAUAUACGAAUUCGUAUAGGAAUUCAUUCUGGGCCAGCAGUCGCCGGUGUGGUUGGUAUCAAAGUGCCAAGAUAUUGUUUCUUCGGGGAUACUGUUAACACGGCUUCCAGAAUGCAGACUACUAGUCUGCCAGGAAAGGUGCAUAUUUCUUCUAGCACCAAAGCUCUAUUACCUAAAGGUCGUUAUCAUACCGAAUCACGUGGAGUUGUAUGGGUAAAGGGAAAAGGAGAUAUGGAGACAUAUUGGUUGCAACCAAUGGCAAAUAAAAUAAAAGAAGAAAUUAAUUCAUUAGACGAUGAUACACAGUAAUUGAAGGUCUUUCAGUCUAAUAUAUAAAACUUUGAUAUCACAAUAAUAAAUACAAUACAUAUAG